AUGCACAUUUCUGCGCGGAACAGGCGAUCGGCCGAACUCUGCGUCACUUUGAUCGCUGUCCACAGGCCCAACGUGGUGGACACACUCCGGUCGCCCGCGGAGUUACAAAUUAACCAAGUUGCCCUGACGUCUCCUGUUGCUAAAGGUACAUUUCAUGCCGGCCGGAGUUGUAAAAAUUCUACCCUUUUUCCCCAUCCCCCUCAGACGGUCAUGUUUUCAAUUUGUCCAUUUAUUCUCACUUUUGCGCAUCCGCUUCUUCUGGACAACUCGCUCUCCAUUAUCCUUUCUGGCACAUGCGAUCCUAACCAACCAUCUAUUCCCCAUUCCACCGUCAAUCCUUCCAUCCGUCUCUUCUUCCCUGCAGCCAUUGCUACAAUUCGACCAUUCAAACAUUCAUCCACUAUUCGUCCCAUCCUUGCCGCCAUCCAUACAGCCGCCAUCGGUACAUGCGCCCAGUUUGUUCAGCUUUCCACUCAUUUUCUCGAUUAUUAA